UAUAAGACAUAUAAUUUAUGACUUUGUGUGAGUUUAAACCUUGUUAGAAAUAUAAUUUUUUAUAUGAAAUUCACAUUAAAUUCUCCCUUCUAUUAAGAUCACAUCAUCAUAGAUAUAAGUGAAUGAUAACUUUAUGACCUAUUCUGAGUAAAUUUAACACCUCACACCCAACUCCUUCAAUUAUGUAAUUAUUUAUUUUAUAUAAUAUCUCUAAAUCCUAAUAUUCAAUUUGCCCAGUGUGUAGUGUGUAAGAACCCAACUUCAGACAUAAUUACAGCUUUUAUAAUUAAAUUUAAGACAAUGAUUUUGAGAAGGUUUUAAGCAAAGUAUUCUCCUUCCACCCGAUGAUUUUGAGUUUAAAUUAAUUAUUUUCUCUAACAAAUCUAAAAUUGUGCCUGUUUCUAACAUUUUUUGUAUUUCAUUGUAUACCAUACAAAAUCAGAAUGUUUUGGAUCUUAAUAAUAAAGAAAUUCAGGAAGCUUCUUUAAUUAACUAUUAUUACAAUUUAUAUAAAUUAUAGACAAUUAUUGUAAGCAAUUUUAUAGCAGAAAAAUGAAAUGUUAAAGUUCGAUAAAAUCAGACAAAUGCAUAGUAAAGGAAGUGCUGACCUUUUACUUUGCAUUAUAUUGGAGAGCGCAAAUCAAUUAAUCAAGUUUAUAGUUUUCGCCAAAUGA